AUGGAGUACGUCAGCCUCGAGGGCCUGCGGCUCGACGGGCGCCGUCCCAAGGAGACUCGCCGCAUGCGAUGCGAGCUCACCGCGCUUCCCGGCUCCGACGGUUCCGCGGUCUUCGAGCUCGGCAACACCAAGGUGCUCGCCGCCGUGCACGGCCCGCACGAAUGCAGGCGGCCGUCCGAGCGCCUGGAGGACCGUCUGCUCGUAAAGUGCGAGGUAUCCAUGGCGGCGUUCAGCACCGGAGAGCGAAGGCGCCGCACCAAGGGCGACCGGCGCACGAAUGAGCUGUCCACGUUCGUCCGGCGAUGCAUCGAGACGUGCGUCAGCGCCGAGCUCCUGGCGCGCUCGCAGCUCGACGUCUCGAUUCAGGUGCUGCAAGCCGACGGCGGUGUCCGCGCGGCGGCGGUCAACGCGGCGGUGCUCGCCAUCGUGGACGCGGGGAUACCCAUGCAAGACACCAUGGCGUGCUGCAGCGCGGGGUACCUGGACGAUACCCCCCUGCUGGACCUCAACUACAUGGAGGAGGGAGGAGGCGGGCCGGAGGUGCACGUGGCGUACAUGCCGCAGAUGGACAGGGUCGUGGCGAUCGUCACGGAAAACAAGGCGUCGGUGGAUGUCUUCGAACGAGCGCACGAGCUCGCGCUCGACGGGUGCCGCGUGGCGAGCAAGCUGAUGCGAGAACGGAUGAUCGAGCACGCCAAACACCUGUGGGCGAUGAGGCAGGUGACGCUGCGAGUCAAGGACGACGAGACGGGGGACGAGGCGAAACCUAUUUCUAUGGAAACUUGA